AUGACGCCUGGAACCCCGAAUAAAGCCCGUCAGCCAAGUGCAGCACAACAAACUCAGCUUGAUGCGAGGGAGAGACAAGUGACUGCUGCUCUGCAACGUUGCCAAGACGCAGCGGAAGCCGAGCGACGUGGCGCGGUGGCGCUGCAAAAUGCACGAGUGCGUGUUGCUGUGGAUGAAGCAGAGAAGCGAAAGACAUCUGAACGGCAGGUGACGAGACCGGAUUCUACUGUCACAUCAUCCGUCAGCUGCUCACCGCGUACGUUGCUUCCGCCGAACAAGAAACGGCCCCAGGACACACAACGACCCGAAAGCGAUGCUCCACUGCCACCAGCUCAAAGAUAUCUACCACAUGUUAUCUAG